AUGACGCUCACAGCGUUCUUUUGGGCCGAGUAUCUACCGCGUGUCCCUUUGGGUACGGGAGCACGUGUCGCUACAUCAGGCGUCAGCCCCAGUGUCUCGUCGACUACGCUUCGAGCACUCGCUCCUGUGGCUGCGUCGACUCGUAAUGGCGAGAAGAAGAAGAAGAAUGGCUCGACGAAGUGGGACAUUGAUUUGUCGAAGGAAGCGGACAAGGCUCUUCGACGAGCCGAACGCGCGGGGGGGAACCGUCUUCACAUCAUCGUCAAGAAGAUACACGAAUUGCGCGAAGGACACUUUACCCCCGACAACCACAAGAUGAUAUCCGGCUGUGCAGAUCGUUUUCCUAUCUACGAGGCCAAGAUGGAUCGGGAUUCCCGACUUGUACGGACUUUUCUAGUCAUCAAUAUAUGCGGCAUCCACACGCACUCCCAGGUCAAUAGGAAGCUCUGGAACGAUCUAGGGAGGCAGCUCUACCUCAACUAUGGCGCCGAAUAUAGGCAAAGAUGCAUGGCACGCGAACGAUUCAAAGAACGACGUGGAGACCACGUGGUCUUCCCGAAGCUGUUUCCAGAUGCAGCGAAACCAGAUCCUGUCGCGGGAUUGUCGGCAUCGACGUCGCAGUCUGCAGAGCUGGUCGCAGUUGACCCCAAAGAAGCUGACGAGGUGAGACAAAAUUUUGGGGAUCAUACUGGGAUGUGCCCAAGUACGAACACGAAUACCCUAGACUCAUGCAUGCCCAGACCGGAUCAGGAAGAGUUACGGAAACACCAGUCUUCAUGCUAUGUGCUGGGUACGUUCCGCUAUCAGAAGACGACGGUUAUUGUCUUCAAGAUGCUUGACUUCGAGUUUGAUCAACAAUGGUACAACGACGCCGGUGAACCUCCCCUCCAGCUCUUCAUAUCCCAGAGCGAGGUCCUCGUCCAACACGUGCGAGGGUACUACGACAAGCUCCGGGAGUCGAUCGAGAUCGGCAACAUGUCGACCACGGCGUUGCACGGGAUGGCCGCCAAGCGCGACGAGGAUGAGGCGCGGAUUGAAAGGCUGGUAGACCUGGACGACGCGGCGGAAUGGGCGAAGGACAUACCGCAGCGGUACGGCGAGCUCCAGGCCCGCCACUUCCCGCUCUUUUUGAGCUUCCCUCGUCUAUGUCACCUGCUGGAGAACGAGUUCCGUCACAUCGUUGCCAACGAAACUGUUGAGGCAUCGAAACUCGCAGGCCUUCGUAACGCCUUAGGGAUCAGACCGAGCGACCGAGUUUCACGCUUCGGUUCGAUGGGGAGUCCUCGCCCACAGCUCCUCGACUACGAUAUGUUCUUGCGCUUGUUCUGGAACCAACAUGCCCGGCGAUCGAAACACGCUCUCAGUCCCGAGUUGGUAUUCUCGGAAAUCAUAGGAGUCAUCAAAGGGUCCGAAGACGCUAUACGCAGUGUUCAAGGAUUCCUUAGUAGGGAGACGUACUGUGACACAGCUCAACGCGAAGCGAUAUACUCCCAUUUCGAGUACUAUCAGGACAGGAGGAGCCUCAUGGUCGGAGUGUGGUACUACGACGCCGCGGAUAGAACCAGGGCGCUGAUAAGAUGUUUGGACAUCGUUGGAGUGCCAGGCCUCGCCCUUGCGAACAUCUUUGUCGACGAGUGUCAGGACAAUCUAUUGGCUGAUACGAUCCUCUUGCGGCACCUCUGUCCAAACCCUCAUGGUCUCUUCUGGGCCGGGGACACCGCGCAGACAAUCUCCACGAACGGCGGGUUCCGAUUCAGCCAACUCAAGGCCUCGAACUAUCGUAUAGAUCAGCGUAUCUACGACGGCAAGAAGCUCGUCCAACCCGAUCCCCCCAUGUUCCACUUGGCGGUCAACCACAGAUCUCACAGCGGCAUCGUGCGCUGUGCGCAAGCGGUGGUGAACUUGCUCCUCGAGCACUGGCCCGACUCUAUCGACCGUCUCGGGGAAGAGAAUGGCUCCUGUCCAGGCCCGGAGCCGCUCUUCAUCACGGCAAAAGACCAGAAUCAACUCCAUGUAGCAGUGUUCAGGACGGAACGAGGGGGCGCGCCCGUAGACUUCGGUGCAAAGCAAGCCAUACUCGUGCGUAAUGAGGCCGCAAAGGAACGACUCAAAGAUGUUGGGCAUGUCUUAACCAUAUACCAAAGCAAGGGCCUGGAAUUCGAUGAUGUGUUACUGUACGACUUCUUCGAAGAUUCAACAGUGGAUGAAUCCUCGUGGCGUGUUGUGCAAAGCGGAUUGCCCGGGGGCCACAUUCCCACGUAUGUGGACAGUGGGCUUUGUCGGGAGCUGAAGCAUUUGUACGUUGCAAUGACUCGAGCUCGGAAGAAUCUCUGGAUUGCGGAUAGUUCUUGGCGUGCAGAACCCAUGAAGCAACUUCUGUCGUCUCUAGGUCUGAUCAAGAUCCAUGACCCGGCGAAACCUCUCCCCACCCUGACACAGUCCUCCACUGCCGAGGAAUGGGAGACGCAAGCGCGCACCUUCUUCCGCAUAAAGCUCUACGCAGAAGCGAAGCGCGACUUCAUGCGCGCCGGGAUGGAGCACGAGUGCCAUGUCGCGGACGCCUACCUCCUCCGCCAAGAGGCCGCCCAGUCGGAGGCCGUCGACGCGCGCACCAGGAACGCCCGCGAGACCGCGUACUGCAGCGCGGCGCGUGCGUUCGUCGCCGUCGCAGACGAGGCGCCAGACUCGUUCGACCGGCAAAACUUCCUCCGCACCGCCGCGAUGUGCUUCGUCGACGGCGGGGACACCUUCAGCGCGGCGCAGCAGUACGAGGCGGCGGAGCUGUACGACGAGGCGGCGAUGCACUUCCGCAAGGCGGGCAAGUUCGACCACGCGACCCGCGUCCUCAAGCGGCACGAGGUUUCCAAAGAGGUCAGGGAGGGGAUUAUCAACGUCGCGCGUUUGCAUUACAUCAAAGAGAACAAGACUGCCGAGGCUAGGGAGCUGUUCGAAGACGACGACGAAGUUGUGGAGUACAUGGACGACUACGGCCUCAGCACCGCCAGCGCAGCAUUCCUCGAGGGUCUCAACAGAAAUCAGGAGGCAGCUGAGCGGCUCUUGCGAGAAGGAGACAUUCUCAAGGCCGUCGAACUCUUCCUUUUGGAUCCGGGCCGUGACAUACCGAAGGCUGCGCGGACCGUAUUGGAUGGUCUUUGGCGGAGGUUGCCUCUCCACGCGCCUAGAGAAAUCCUCGCAGAUCCUGUCGUAAAGGCCCUACUAGGCCACGCCAAGCGAUUGAGUGACUGUCUCCCACAGGAUGAGUUCAUGGUGGCAAAAGAGUUGAGAGUGUUUGAUGCGAUACGCCGAUGCGACCUCUCGACCCUCGAGAAGCUUGGCGGAGGCUUCCUAAAGGACGCGCUAAUCCCGCCUGCAAUUCUGGCGCUCAACUACGUGUUCGCAGAAAAAUUCUCCCUCAUCGAAUCUGCACCACUUACAACUAUCCUCAAGAAAUCGGAACACGAAGGCAUCCAAACGUUCUUCCAGUCCUUCUUAGGAUACGCUCGCGAAGUCCAACGCCUGUCAUGCGAUCCGGAUCCGUGCGCAAACGGGUCCCUGCAAAAAUUGUUCAACUUUAAGCCACACACAAGCGACGACCAUUUCGAAGUGCCGCAGUCCUCUUCCCUAUUCGCGUCCUGCCGGACACUUGCCUCGACCACCGAAGGGCAGUUUCUCGUCGUCAGCCGAUGGUCGUUGGAAGAAGUCGUUAAGAAGGACUUGCGUACUCUGCUCCAGCGGAGAGUGCAAGCACAGAAGGAAGUCGCGUAUUCGCUCCACUAUCUCAAACCAUGCAUGCAGUCGGCGGCUCUCAACACGAAAUGCACACGUAGAGAUUGCCCCAACUUUCACGUCCAUCCCAACCCGUCAGAUGCCAUCACGACAUACAAUCGCGUCGUUCACAUACACGUGUUGGAGAUCAUGAUAUACCACACACUAUAUGCCACCGACAUCAGAUAUGCCGAACGCACAAGGCAGCAACGAGCUUGGCUUCGAAGACUAUACGAGGCGCUCCUUCCAUCGACCGUGACCCUUGGAUCCCUUCAUCUACUCAUGAGUACCGUUGGAAUACACCUUCCUGACGCACAUCGCGUCGUGGUACAGUGGAUUCAAGACCUCCUCAAUCGACUUCACCCGGUUUGGCAGCGGCCCUCUGAGGCAUUUCUCACGAAUUUCAUGCGCGCAACGCGACUUGCGAUGCUUUUCGACCGACAAACCGCUGUGCGAGACCUUCGCCGUGUUCCUCCGUUGGUUCGUAGCAGAUGGUGGCUACAAGAACUCGUACAACAAUCGCCAGGAUGCCCCCGGCCCAGAAACCAUUACAUUCUGGACAAGUUCGUUACGUCAAUGAUCCGCCAGACUCCGUUGUCGCUCCAGGACGGGAUUACAUUCGUCGACCAUCUUCUUUCCCGUCGUAUACCCAUCGACAUCAGUGUCCUGUGCGACUACCUGGAUCAACUAUGCGGCGCGCUUGCGACGGCUGCUCUGCUCCACCAUAAGGGGUCGCUCGACUGCUUGACUGUCCCAAAGAGCUGGUUAGUGCAGGUUCUCCGCGACCUAGGAGCGAAGGACCAGACUCCUCAACAUGUCUCGCGGCCUCAGCAAUAUGGCCUAUGCCUUGAGAGGCUCUUGUUUGUGCUCAGCCAGAGCGGUCCAUCUGCGGGUAUACUUCAUUCCAUCAUCACUCUCCGCAUUGUCUUCCUGUGUUCUGAGUUUAUCUUUCGCGGAGUCUAUUGCCGUAAGCCUCAGCCAUGUACUGGUCGUAUUCGGAGGCUAACUGUUUUGAUUCGGAUUCGUGCCUUCAUCAUGGUAUGCUCAAGACUCAUCAAUGCUAACGACUGGAAUGCACGACGGGACUUCAUCUUUGCUUCCUUCAAGGACUGUAAGAUGGACGAGAUGAUCAAGCUCCAACACGUCUCGUCAGGCGUUCCUAUUUCCACCGGUCCGCCCAGCCCAGUCCGGACGGUGGUGUACUCCGAGUAUUCCGACAUUUCGUCCACCCUGAAAUUCCAAGCUCCAGCAUGGUUCCGGUCCAGCCCCUCCAUCGACGCCGCUCCUACGUCGACCAAUUCGAACGCUUCCUUAGCGCCUGGAGACUGGGAGGACCCAGCUCCAGAACACGAAGAGCGUCGCGAAGACCCAGCUUACGAUGCCGGUGGAGAACAACAAGAAGAAUUCACUCCCGAGCAAGUUCGUGCUGCCGCGAUCAUUUGCAAGGUGUGCCUCGCCUACUUGGGGCGGAAGAAUUCGGAGAAGGCUGCAUAUGAGGAGAGCGUUCGCGCGACGUUCAUGAAGUUCCGCAAGCGGACUCGCGGCAAAACCGUGUCCCUCAGACAGCGGGCGUAUCAUUACCUCUACCUAGGGCCCGUCCCGCACCUCCUCGUCGCCGUUGAGGGGAUCAAGAAUCUGCUCCUCGCCCAGCAAUCGGACGCGAACAAGGAGCUCGUCCGGUCAAAGGACCACCUCGACUUAGAGAAGUUGCAGGACACCUUGAAUACCGCACGGUACUUCAAGGAAGCGGAUCGCAUUCUCAGGGCACUCGUCCCAUCGGCCGAGGUCCACGAUCGUGGAGACCCUGCGAUGCUCCGUCAGUAUGCGCUUGCUGCUCAAGCUCUCGUCGCUCGAGUCGACUGUUCUGGGCAGGAUGCCACGGAGGCUUCCCGAUGGAAAGAAUGCAUUGAGUUGACUCUGCGAUGUGUGCGGAACUACGAGAGGGGCAUCUCGCAGCCGAUGAUCAGAUCUCUGGUUCGAGGGUAG